AAACUUUGAUGGCAUUGGCAGUGGCUUUGGACGUGGACGUGGUAGAGGCAGCCAUGAGCAACUUAAACCACCUCAGGGCUAUGUCAUUUCAUCCAGCACUGUCCCACAAAUGGAAAUCCUGAUAUCGACAAACUUAAACCACCUCAAGGCUAUGUAUGUCAUAGAUGCAAUACUCCUGGUCAUUUCAUCCACCACUGCCCCACAAAUGUUUCUACAUUUCGAAACAAGGUUAGGGGGUUUCCUGACUCUAGAAGCAUGAGUAAUCUGCCACCAGAACUUUAUUGCCUCUUGUGUGAACGAGUAAUGAAGGAUGCUGUUUUCAGCAAGUGCUGUUUCCAGAGUUUCUGUGAAAAUUGUAUAAGGGACCAAGUUAUAUCAAAAUCAAAUUGUGUUUGUGGAGCUAAAGGCAGACCUGAAAAUGACUUUGUCCCCAACAAUGCAGUUAGAGAUACAAUAAAGAGAAUAUUAGAGACGAAUUAUAGUGGUGCUUGCAAUCAUGAUCAUGGUAAGCAAUUUGCACUGCCUACGGCCUUAAAAGGGAUCAAAGUUCCAAUGCAGAAUGUAGAGGCUACAAUGAUACAAGGCUCUAAAAAAGAGGAAGAACCCCUAAUAUCGGAACAGAAAAUCUCAGUUAUCACAGAAGAACCAGCAUUACAGGGAAGUGCAUGUGCAAUACCAGCUGACAGAGAAGUGCAGCAUAAGGAAGUUACUGUUGAUGCAGGCAAGGAGUUUGCUGUUCCUGCAGCCUCAGUCGGGGGUCAAGCUCCAUUACAGAAUGUGGAGGCUACAAACAUACAAGAGGAUAGAAAUUUGGAAGAAUCCCUAAUAUCUCAACCCGGAGUCUCAGAUACUACAAAAGAGCCAUUAUUACAGGAAAGUGCACCACCAGUUGACAAAGAGUUACAGCGUAAGGAAUUUGCAAAUAUUGGAGAGAGGAAGUUGGAAGACGAAUCCUCAAUAUUUCGACCGGAAGCGUCGGGUAUAACAAAAGAAUCGGCAUCACAAGGAAGUGCCCUAGAGACUGACAAGGUUCAGAGCAAGAAAGUUACAAAGAUUCAAGACAGUAAUUUAGAAGAAGAAUCCCCCAUAGUUCAACCAGAAGCCUCGGGUAUAAUAAAAGAACAAGCAUUACAAGGUAGUGCCCUAUCGGCUAACAACGCGCAGCGGAAGGAAGUUACCGUUUAUAUGGAAAAGAAGAAAAGCAAGAAGAAAUCCAAUUUGCCCAUCAAUGCUGGAGAAAUUCAGUGGACUGCUCAACAGUAUCAUGCCGCUCAGAGUUAUAUGCAGUCUAUAUACCCUUUCUCAUAUAAUCCUUACUUGAAUAGCAUGUAUCCUGGAAUGGAAGCAUACAUGAAACAAUGUGGAAUAAUACCCCCACAUAUGGAGUAUAAUAUCAUACCUUCUAAUGUACCUUUGGGGGUACCAGGAAUGACGUCUUCUCAAAUUUCACCUCAUAGCAGGGAAUCAUCCAAAGAUCGGGAAUGUAAUAGGGAAAUUCGCAAGAGUGUGGAUGCUACUUCAGUGAAGUUGAAACGUGCAAGUAAUAUGAUUUUAACUCCACCACCACCAUCAUCAAAGGUUCAACGCGACAUUAACCAACCAAGGCGAGAGCAACGCCACAAUGAGCGAAAGGGACAAUCACCACAAUGGACUUCUUCAAUGACAGCUUCAAAAAGGAAAUCAUCUCGACACAUAGAUGAUCACAAGGAGUAUGACGAUUCUUACCACCAUAAGCAUCACAAGGAACUACGCCACCAUCAUGGGACACCAUCAGUGGCACGCCGAUCAGUGAUCCAUGAGCAUGAUUCAAGUGACGACAAAGAGAGGCACUUUAAACGAAGACGGUCGAGAUAUUAAUAAGAAGAACCGUGGACAUCAUAGAGGAUGAUCGUUGUUAUAUAGAGGCUAGUUGAUGGAACCUUAUUAAUGGCAUAGUGUUCUAGUUUGAUGCUCUUUUAGGGGACGUUAAUGUACGUCCAUUUUUCUAAUAAACGUUUUCCCCGUUGGUAUUUAAAACAAUGGUUCGCAUUUUGCAAAACUUAAAUAAAAAAAACUAUUUGGUU